AACUUCCCAUCAUUUUCAGGUAAAAUGGUUUCAUUGAGAGAGCUUACAGAGCAACGAGGUAACCAGGGUAGAGAGGGAGAAGAGGAAAGGGUUUUGUCAGUGGAGCCUAUCACUAUGAUAGUGCCGUCGGAGUUGCAGGAUGUACCGGAAACAAUGGCGUCUGAGAGCAGCGCCGGUUCCAGCGCCAGCGACAACGGUGGUGAUCACCCUAGUGCACCGUCAAGCAGCUCGUCUACUGAAGAGACACCCAGCUGUGAAGAAGGGGUGGGGGAUUUGGUGAGCAGUGCUUCAGAUCGGCCAGUGAUUGGGGAAUGGGAAGGCGCGACGAUCUCGGGCAGGUUGAGUAACCUACGGAAAGCACCGAAGGACCUGCCCGCUGGAUUCAGGUUCAAGGCUGUACUUCAUCACGAAGUAGCAGAUUGUGCGCCCUCUAUAAGUGGGUAUAAAAGACUCGAGGAAAUGGUGAGGGCGUACCACAUCCCCAAAACCAUACUGCUGCGGACUGGCGGGCAGAACGAAAGGGCGUGCACGGUGUCGGGAACGGGCUGGAUCCCAGUGUAUGUGGACCACUUUGACGCCGGCUUGCGGUUUCCCCUGCCCGGCCUGGUAUUCGAUUUGCUCACGGAUUACGAGCUGGCGCUGACGCAGCUAACGCCCAACAGCAUAAGGUUCAUCAUAGGCUUUAUGCUGUUGUGCGCAAGAUUGGAGGUGCCAGCUAAAGCGAUAGUGUUCAGGUCGCUAUUCCAGUGCCGGUUGUGUCCGAACUCACGAGGAGCGAAGUGGUAUUACCUCUCUGGAAGGGAUAAGAGCCAGCUCUUAAAAAAUGUGAGGAACAAAGUGGCGAGGUGGAAGAGACAGUUUAUUUUUGUUCGCGACACACGAGCAGAGAGGAUAAGCAACGACCUCGCUGCCCGGCUGUCUGAGUGGCGCACGCCAAACGCCCACAUCAACUACCCCCAGCUGCUGCCCCGGGAUGUCGAUCUGAAGAACCAGCUGCUUCAGUAUGCGCAAAGGGAGGGUCUUAUAGAUCUAGAAGCCCUGGUUACCUCGGAGCAUCUCGCCGUGUUCGGGUUUGUCGAUGUGACAAACCUGUUCAGCGAAGGUAUAUUUUCAUCAUAUAACAUGGAUUCUAGCCGAGCUGAGGCUUAUGUAUUUGUUUGUGCAGGUGAAAUGAGCAGCAUACUGGAACGCCAGCGUCAACGUGCCCAGAGCUCCCGAGGCCGUGGGGCGAGCAGCGCGCAACCCCGGCCAACACGGUUUGACGAGCGGCCUCCCCUAGCGCCUCAAUCACGCGGCUCGUCUCACAGGGGAUCCAGCUCGUCGUCAAGGCCGCGAGCAGAUCACAGAGCUGAGGCUGCGGCCCCAAGUGCACGCAGACGUGCACGCGAGGAGACAGAGAGUGAGGAGGAUGAAGUCCCCCUUGCUAGGUGCAGAACAAUGGAGCCCGCCUCUGCAUCGGCCUCGAUGGGCCCCAAGAUUGCUUAUCCUGAGGGCUUCAGCUAUGUGCGGGCAGAGUGUCAGCCUGCCAUGGUGCAAGCCAUGCACAGCUUUGUGCCCCCCUCAGAUAAUACGCGGGCCAAAGCCUUUGUGCAACAGCAUGGCGGUCAGGUCGCCAUGAUCAAAUUGAUGGAUGCGUUCAGCUACGCGGUAGCACUGUACAAGAGCGAGCAGGCGGCUCGUACAGAGAACACCGAGCUCGAAACAAAGGAGGACUUGGAGCGAGCUUGCGCGGAAAAGGAGAGCGGCAUCCAGGCAGCCAAGGAUGAGGCCGCUCGCACUGAGGAGCGCACAAAAAGUGCCGAGGCGGAAAGGGACCAAGCUCAGAACGAGCUGAACUCCCUUAGGCGCCAGAUCGCCGACGCCGAGCAGAACCUCACUACUGCUGCGGAGGCGCUGAACGAGCUGAAGACUCACCACGCACGCUCUAUCUACAACGAGAUUCGUGGAAAGGUGUUGCACCACCGCCCAUAUUUUCCAAUCCGCGAGCUGGUAUUCUUCGAUGGGGAGGAACUUGACGAGCAGGGUAAGAGCCUUGCUCCCCUCGUUGAGACUACAGUGCGGCUGAGGUGGGACCUCAAUGAAGAGGGAGUACCUGUCUGGCCUCCCUCAGUUUUGGAAGAGGGGGAGGACCUAGCGGGUAUGCCCUCAUUUGAUAGAUGGGUGGAAGGGGUUCCUGUUGCUGAGCAGGAGCCGUUGAGUACUCCUCCCAACUCUCAGCCCACCAUGGAGCUGUCGGUCGAAACACCAGCUGUCGAGCCAGCUGCGCGCUCGCCUCCGGCUCACUCCUCGCCCUCCCCAGCGGCUGAUGCGUCCAUGCCUGUCGACCUGACGGACGAUUAGGCUUAGGAGUUUUUGCUUCAUUCUUUUGUAUUUUUGUUUUGGCAUUUUUGUAUUUGAUCAAUAGAUUCAUAUCAUAUGUACUUCUAAUGUAACACUGUUGAUGAAAUACAAAAAUGAAUUUUCC